AUGUCACACGCCAAUCUGCUCUCGCCGCCCUCGCAAAUACCGCCGCCCACUGCUCUGGCCCUCUCGCAGAAAGCGCCCCUCAUCCUAUCAUCGAGUCCCACAUCAUCGCUACCCUGGCCGCUGUCACUGCUCUUCUCUCGGGAAACACCGGAGACAUGGACCAUCCACGAGAACCUGUUCCUCUCGACGCUGCGUACCGGUGACGAAAAGGCCGCUCUUGAUAUUCUACAACUGCUUGAGGCGCGCUUUGGCGACCACAACGAGCGCAUCAUAACGCUGCGCGGCAUCUACAAUGAGGCCACGUCCAAGACAGACGCCGACCUACAGAAGGUCUUUGAUGCGUACGAGAAGAUCCUCAAGGACGACCCCACCAACAUGAGCAUCCGCAAGCGACGGGUUGCUGUUCUCAAGGCGCUGGGCAGGACACAAGACGCCAUUACGGCAGUAGCGGCACUCUUGCACAAUAGCCCCACGGACGCCGAGGCCUGGGCCGAAGCAAGUGAGCUGUAUGCCAGCACCAGUGCCUGGGGGCAGGCCAUCUUCUGUGCAGAAGAGGUUCUGCUCAUCACGCCCAAUGCCUGGACUGCCCACGCCCACAUUGCAACACUCCACUAUCUCUCUACCGCCGCCAACAACCCACCCAACUUCUCCUCAUAUGCUCUAGCACUUAAGCACUUCUGUCGCUCCGUCGAGCUCAACGACUCGUACCUGCGCGGCUACUACGGCCUCAAGCUCCUCACCUCCAAACUCAACAACACCCUCCUCUCCGACCCCGCCACAUCAUCAUCAGCAACGACGCGCCGCGACGACUCGGACGACGUGUCGCUACCCAGCCCCGAAAUCAUCCGCAAGCUCGAGGAAAUCGCAACAAACAAGCUGGCCGAAAUGAUCCGGAAUUACAAGUCCGGUAAGAAGGACUGGCAAGGGUUUGAGGAGGCAGAAAUCAUUGCUGCCCGGGAACUGUUGGAUCGAGACGGUUAG